UUGGAGAAUGCGCAAGAUGAUUGAUGGUGUUACUAAGAUCACGUAAGUGCUUCUCUCUCAGGGCAGCACGAACAAGAAAUCACCCAUUCCCAUCUCCGCUUCGAGCGCCGGAGCAAGAGGGCGAUGAGAAGUCUCCUCCCUCGCCGUCGCUGUGGAGCUUGCUGGACGCUUUCAGGGCGUGUGGCUCCUGCCGCGACAUGGACACGGCCAAGAAGCUCCACUUCGAUGCCAUCCAGCGCCAUCUCCAGCACGAGAUCUUCGUCGCCACCGCCACCGCCACAAUGUACGCCCGCUGCGGCAGCAUGGAGAGCUCCCGCCGCGUCUUCGACCAGAUGAUCCGCCGCGACGCCAUCGCCUGGACGGCUCUCGUCACUGGCUACGUGAUCAACGAGGAUUUCGAGCAGGCCCUCGAUCUCCUCCCUCGCAUCCUGGCCGAGAAUCUCGCUGGCGACUCCAGGAUCUUGGUGGCUCUUCUCACCGCGUGCUCCAAGCUGGCAGCGGCAAGCAAAGAUGGAAGCUCCGUGAUUUCUUGCCUGGAGAAAGGGAUGGCGAUCCACUCCCUGGCAGCCAGCAGCAAGCUCGACUCCACGGAGAUCUUCGUUGGGAGUGCUCUCAUCGACAUGUACGUGAAGAGUGGAAGCUUGCUGGAUGCCCGCAUUGUCUUUGAUAGGAUGGAUCGCCACGACGUGGUGGCAUGGACGAGCUUGCUGCUGGGAUACGCUGAGAGCAGCGACGAUCGUGAUCUGGAGCUUGCGCUGGAGUUUUUCCACUCGAUGCUCGAGGAGCAAGGCGUUGAUGGAAGACUGAAGCUCUCGAGUUUGGAGAGAGCGAGGGCGAUCCACUGCCUGGCUCGGGAACAUGGAGUGGAGCAAGAGAUCUUCUUCGCGGGCGCGCUGGUGGACGCGUUCGCGAGGUGUGGAAGCCUGGAGGAUGCUCGACGAGUUUUCGAGCGAAUGCCUUGCCACAACAUGAUCGUGCUCAACUCUCUUUUGCUCGGGUACGUGGAAAACGAUCAAGCCGAGCUCGCUCUAUCCAUUUUAUUCUCGCAGGGUGAUGGUGGAAAGCGAUCAUGGUCGCCGAAUCCUCGGACUUUGGUGGGGGCGCUCAUGGCCUGCUCGAGCAUCGGCCAACAAGUCGACGAUCCUGCUCUAAAGCUGGUGUCACUGGAGAAAGGAAUCGCGAUCCACCGUGAGGCGGCGAAGCUGGGGCUGGAUACCUCCGACUUGUUCGUCGCGAGCACGCUGGUGGACAUGUAUUCGAGCUGUGGAAGCCUCGCCGACGCUCGAGCGGUAUUUGACAGGAUGGCGAUUCACAACGUCGUUUGCUGGACGUCGCUGCUGCUGGGACUCUCCGAGAAUGGCGAGCCGGAGCUAGCUCUCGAGCUCUUCGAAUCCAUGGUGGCAAGCAGCAGCGUUCUUCCAAACGCCAGAACUUUCAGGGUUGCUCUCUCGGCUUGCACCAGCUUGGCUUCCAAAGAUGGCGAUGGUGGAAAGUGUGGAUCUUCGUCCAAGCUCCAACAGUGUUUGGAAAGAGGGAGGAGGAUCCAUCGCCGAGCGAUGGAGCUGGGACACGACACAGAUAUCUUCGUCGCCAACACCUUGAUCGACAUGUACGCUAAGUGUGGAGGAUUGAGCGAUGCGAAGCUGGUCUUCAACUCGAUCGGGCAGCAGCAGCGCACGCCCGUGUCCUGGCACGCGAUGAUGCUGGGAUUCGUGGAAAACGAGCAGCACCAACAAGCACUAGAUCUCCUGGAGGAGAUGCUGGCUCUUGGAGGAGGAAGAGUCUCUUCUUCGCCGCUCACCAUCGUCGCGGCUCUCAUGGCUUCCAGCGGCCUCGCCAGCCUCGACUCUGGGAGAAAACUCCACGCUCUGGCCUGCCGGGAUGGAUUCCAGAGUGACGCUGCGGUGGCGAGCUCCCUGAUCGAUUUCUACGGCAAGUGUGGCAGCAGCAUGGUCGUCGCGCACCACGUCUUCGACUCAACCACUUCUCCAGCUCUUCCUCACUGGAACGCUCUCGUCAGUGGAUACAGCCGCCACGGCGAUCCAGCGCGAGUUUUCGAGCUCUUCCGCGAGCUCCAGGAGGAAGGAUUGGAUCCCGAAGCCGCGACUUUCCUGCCGGUCCUCGCGGCUUGCAGCCAUGCCGGGCUCGUGGAUCGAGGCACGAAGAUUUUCGAGGCGAUGGUGGCGAGCUCGUCGGUUGCUCCCGGGAUCGCUCACUACACUUGCGUGAUCGACAUGCUGGGACGUGACAAUCGGCUCCGCGAGGCGGUGGAGAUGAUCGAGAGCAUGCCGGGGCGAGCGGAUGCGGCGGUGUGGACGAGCGUCUUGGCGGCGUGUAAGAAGUGGAAGAAUGUGGAGGUGGCGAAGCUCGCGUUUGGGAAGAUCAUGGAGGUGGAGGGCAAGAGCGCUUCGCCGUACGUCCUCAUGGCUACCAUCUACUGAGGAGAUCAGAACCUCGAGAUCUAAAGUUUUCUACUAAAGUUGGUGAUUGAUCGAGGAAAACCUCGAGAGAAGCUCUUGAGAUAAAGUAAAGAACUAUGUACGACAAGACAAAGAAUGGGCCACACAAUCUUAUUGUCACAGUGUCUUCCGUACGAGACGGAGAGAACAUUCUUGUUCCUGUACUUGGAAAAACGAAGUUCUAUACAACUUGUGAGUGUCUUCCGUA